AUUCGCUACACUUUACACUGUAUCAUUCUUUACUCACGUUGUUACGUCGAAACGUUCGAUUUACGAUCUCGUUCGUUACAGUCAGCGAUACUUUGUAACAGUUUUCCUGGUUCUUAACCGCCAUUAGUGUGACGACAGAGGCAGUGCUGAGUUACAGACUACAGCAGAGAUACAGGCAGAGAAUAUCACAUAGCAAAAUACAGAGAGGGCGACAGAACAGAAGAGAAGGGAAGAGCGCCUGGCAGGGGCUCACAGAGACACCCGGAUCCAGAUGCAGGUUCAUAUCCCACCUUACCGAUCGAUAUGUGAUCAGUUUCAUCAAUCCCGUCGCCUGAAUGACGCCCGGGCUGCUUGAGACGUUGUAACAGGGAGGAGAAACAAAACCCUUCCCGGCGACCUUUUUUCUCUCUCUCUCUCUCUAUUGUGGAUCAUUUUCUCUCUUUGGGAUCGGAAUUGGAUUGAUCGUUCAUAAGGGCAGCUCGCAGAUUGGCUUCCAGGGAGUAAGAUGGGGUGUUUGGGGAGCAGUAAAACCGAAGACCAGCGCAUCGACGAGAAAGCACAGCGAGAGGCCAACAAGAAAAUAGAGAAACAGUUGCAAAAAGAGAGACAGGCUUAUAAAGCCACACAUCGACUGUUGUUGUUGGGUGCUGGGGAAUCGGGGAAAAGCACUAUCGUGAAGCAGAUGAGAAUUCUUCACGUCAACGGGUUUAAUGCGGAGGAAAAGAAACAGAAGAUUCAAGACAUUCGCAAAAAUGUGAAGGACGCCAUCGUGACCAUAGUGUCUGCAAUGAGCACUUUAAUACCACCCGUCCCACUCGCUAAUCCAGAGGACCAGUUUAGGAUCGACUAUAUCAAAAGCAUAGCACCGCUCUCUGACUUUGAUUACACACAGGAGUUUUUUGAUCAUGCGAAGAAGCUCUGGGAUGAUGAAGGCGUUAAGGCGUGCUAUGAACGCUCCAACGAAUAUCAACUAAUCGACUGUGCACAUUACUUUCUUGACCGGAUUGAUGCAGUAAGACAAAGCGACUAUACUCCAACAGACCAGGACUUGCUUCGCUGCAGAGUGUUAACAUCAGGGAUUUUUGAGACGCGAUUUCAGGUGGACAAAGUCAACUUUCAUAUGUUUGACGUGGGAGGUCAGAGAGACGAAAGGAAAAAGUGGAUUCAGUGUUUUAAUGACGUCACAGCGAUCAUCUUUGUGGUAGCGAGCAGCAGCUAUAACAUGGUCUUAAGGGAAGACAACAACACGAACAGGCUACGGGAAGCACUUGCUCUUUUUCGCAGUAUCUGGAACAACAGAUGGUUACGGACCAUUUCUGUCAUAUUGUUCCUAAACAAACAAGACAUGCUGGCAGAGAAAGGAUUAGCUGGGAAAUCCAAAAUUGAAGAUUAUUUCCCUGAAUAUACUUCUUACACCUUACCUGAUAAAGUAACUCCUGAACCCGGUGAAGACCCCAGAGUGACGAGAGCCAAGUAUUUCAUUCGUGACGAGUUUUUGCGGAUCAGUACAGAAAGCGGAGAUGGCCGUCACUACUGUUACCCCCAUUUCACAUGUGCAGUGGACACGGAAAACAUCCGCCGGGUCUUCAACGACUGCCGAGACAUCAUCCAGAGAAUGCACCUGCGGCAGUACGAACUCUUGUGAUCUCACUUCAGCUCUUUACAAACGUGUCUCCAAACUCCCCCUGCCCUCAUAACUCACGAGGCCAAAACCGCAGACGAAUAUACUACUGACGUUUGGCACACCACCCUUCGGUUUUUAGGUGUUUUAUUUUAACUCAUGAUUCGGAGCGGAGAGGCUCGCUGGAUUUUUCCCCCCACGUUUUUAUUCGAAUCGCCUUUAUUUUUGCCAUUCCAUGAAGCCUCUGGCUACCUCCUUAUUUUUUAUUCAAAUAAAAAAUGAUAUCGUCGUGUGUAUAUAUAUAUAUAUAUGUAUACGUGCUGGCGCCUGGCAGAUUAUGAAGAUCGCAUCACCUUGUGACCUCCAGGAGUCCUAGUCUCGCACCCCGAACCUUGAUCUUCUGGCCUACAGGGCUCUCUGCUGCUCUUUCUGUUUCCGAACACUGAAGAUCGCCCGCGGACUGAGGCGGGGACGGGGAGGCGGGCCGGGGGUUGUCGAACACUGGGCAAGCGAAGUGAAGUAAUGCACUUUUCCAUCAGGUUUUGACUGACGGUUUUCUUUACGAAGAUGGACACACAAUGUAGCAUCAAAUCAUGAAUUCAUGUCCCACUUAAGGCUGCGGACAGGUCAGAGAAUGGCGGGGAUGACCACGCCCCUUUUUAUGUGAAAGAGGCGGAGCCUUUGAAACAAGGAGGAGGGGCUCUGUGAAGAGGUGGAGCCUCUGAAAUGAGGAAGAGGAGGGGCUAUGGGAACAUUGCUAAGGCCUCGGUUUGGUUUUGGGAACAUGACGGCGAAACAUCCUCGAAAAGAAACGCCCCAUUUCUAAUUUUAGUUUCUUAACUUGUACAGACUGUGCAAAGGUGAUUUUUUUUUUUCCCCUUUCAUGUACAGACUAUAAAAUGUUAUAUUAUUUUGUACAACUUUAUUGAAAGAGAGUAAAAAAUCUACUUGUAGAUCUUUGUGCCUUGAUUAUGGCUGUACCUGUAAAUGAAGCUGAUACAUAUGUUUUUGACUGCGCUGUACAGCUUGAUGUCACCCCUGUCGGCAGAAGGGACUGUGGAUGGGGACCUACUCUGUAGAGUUUAGUUUCUUUUUUUCAGUUAUUUGUUUGUUUUUCUGCUUUGUUUAUAUAAAAAGAGAAAAAGUUCUUUAUUAAAAAAAAAAUAAAUAUAGGAAAGAAAAAUCUUAACCUGUAUACAUUAUGCAAAUUGACCCCCUUACCUGCGGUUAUGAUCGGACGAAACAGCGCCAUGCCUUUCUUUCUCGUUUUGCGUUUUGUUUUCCGUUUCAUUUCAAUUCUCAGCUUUAAAAACAGAAAAAUUGAAAGA